AUGGAACCCAAUAACACGGAAUUGUUCAGACUAUCUCUAUGGGACGAAUUGACACAAUCCAUAUCAUUUUCGAAGGACCUGUCAGUCGCUUACCACCUUUCUGUCAAGAACCAAAGAUGCGAUACUAACGAACUGUUGAAUGCCGUAAAGAAAUCAAAAGACACAGAAAUACCAAUUCCCUUUCAGAGGCUUUCGAAAUCGCCUGAUUGUCAGUUGAUGAUUACUCCAAAUAAUUACGUCAUAGAAGAACCACGAUAUCGAUCAAGAUCUCCUUAUCAAGUACAAAUGACAUCAUCUGAGGUAUCAUCGAACAUGAGAAUUAUGUACCAAUCUGAAACAAAUUAUCCGUCACAAAACUCACAAUUUAGAAAUCUAAACAGAUCUCCGUCUAAUACUUAUACUUCAGAACAAUUUAGAAAUGUAAUAAGAUCUCCGUCUAAUACUUAUACUUCAGAACAAUUUAGAAAUGUAAUAAGAUCUCCGUCUAAUACUUAUACUUCAGAACAGUUUAGAAAUGUAAUAAGAUCUCCGUCUAAUACUUAUGCUUCAGAACAAUUUAGAAAUGUAACAAGAUCUCCAAUUAAUUUUUAUACUUCAACACAAUCUCAACAAUUAAACUGCUCUACUUCUAAUUAUCAUAAUCCAACACAGUAUACACAGUCUUACACAGUAAGAAACAGAUCGCCAUCUAAAUCUCGAGAUCGUUUGGAACCUGGCUCUAGAAAUAAGUAUUCGUCUAUGACAAAACGUCGGUCACCCUAUAGAAGUCAUAGUAGAUCUUCGUCUAAUAGACGUAUUCGAACACAAUAUAGAAACAGAAAUAGAUCGCGUUCUGGAUCAUUUCAUGAAAGAAGAUAUGAUCCUCAAAGUUCAAAUUCAUUUAAAAAGAAGCAUCAGUCACAAUCUAGAUUGAAAAAAAAGUCACGAUCCAAAUCAUCAUCUAAAUCGCCAAUUCCAAAAAAAAAUGUAAACAAAAAUCAUUCGACUAAAUAUAAACGUCCAGUAAAUGUAAAGCAACGCUCGAAAAGAGCAAGACCGUCAAACAAUGACGACAAUGAACAGCAAUCCACAGAGGAACCGAUGGAUAAUUCUAAUACAAUGAUGCUACCACAAUCACAAAAUCUAUAUCGAGGACCAAGACCAUAUUUUCAUCCACACAAUGGUGCUACACCGAUAUUCUACGCACAGCCAACACUUAUACCACGAUUAAUUCGACCACCACCACCGCCAUAUUAUAUGGCACCACGACGUCCUUUACCAUAUCGGCCAGCAUAUCCAAGAAUGUAUGCACCAUAG